CCAUAUUAGAGAUGUGUACAGGAGGAGACGGGGACGUACUGCUAACUCAGCUAGCUGGAUCCUCCCGGUUGUACAAAUACAUCUUAACGUGGACAUGUUGCACACGGUAGGCUUUAUUUCAUAAAGGGGGGAUAAAAGGGCCACAUUGGAUUAUCUACCUCGCUGUUGAAGCGGCAAAGGGACUGGUUUGUUUGGCGGAGUAAACAAGCCGGUCGGUGGGGAUUGUAAAUCUGAGCGCUGGCCUAGAGCUCGUCUCCCAAAACAAGAAUGGGGUCUAACUCCGCUCGGAUUAGCCUGCUCGGAAAGUGACGUUUGUUUGGGCGAUCUGAUGGCAAAUUUGACUAAUAAUUACCAGGACGGCAAGGCGGCAAUGAUGAUGGUGGAGACACAGCAGAUGGACGUGGGGACGAAACCCGCUGCCGCCAACGGAGACGGCGCAGUUGGGGAACCCCCGUCUCCGUUAAUUAACGUCGGCGACGGAGGGGGUUCUCGUUUCCAUCAACAUUUAACGCCUUCCGACCACCACCACCAUCAUCAUCUUCAUCAACAACAACAGCAGCAGCAGCAUCUUUCCGGAGAAAACCCCGCCGUCUCCUCCUCGCCUCUCAGCCUGGUCCACGCCGCCGAGGACCCCGCCGCCUCCGUGAGCGUCUCCAACGCGUCGGACGUUGUGGAUGACAUCCGAAAAUGUGGCUACUUGAGGAAGCAGAAACACGGACACAAACGGUUUUUCGUGCUGCGGGCUGCCAGUCACCUCGGACCGAGCCGUCUGGAGUACUACGACAGCGAGAAGAAGUUCAAGAGCAGCCUGCGCUCCGCCGCCGCGGCUGCGGUCGCCCCCUCUUCUCCGAAAAGGGUGAUUUACCUCUACCAGUGCUUCACGGUAAACAAAAGGGCAGAUUCUAAAAACAAACACCUCAUCGCCCUUUACACCAAGGACGAGUAUUUUGCUAUUGUGGCUGAAAACGAGCAGGAGCAGGAGGACUGGUAUGUAGCUGUCAGUGAGCUGAUGAGUGAGGGCAAAAAAGGGCACCUGGAUUCAGAUGACCUGGAUGAUGGGUACGGAACAGUCUCCCCUGGUACUGUGUUUAAAGAGGUGUGGCAGGUGAACGUGAAACCUAAAGGAUUGGGUCAAACAAAAAACCUCACUGGUGUUUACCGGCUCUGCCUCUCAACUAAAACCAUUCACCUCGUCAAGCUGAACUCUGAGACGCCCUGUGUUAACCUGCAGCUGAUGAAUAUCAGGCGGUGCGGACACUCUGAAAGCUUCUUUUUCAUUGAAGUGGGGCGUUCCUCCUCCAUUGGGCCCGGCGAGAUAUGGAUGCAGGUGGAUGAUUCUGUUGUGGCUCAGAACAUGCAUGAAACUAUCUUGGAAACAAUGAAAGCCCUAAAGGCAUUUGCUGAGUUUCGCCCCAGGAGCAAGAGCCAGUCGUCUGGGUCGAAUCCUAUGCCCUUCAUCACAACACGGCGCCACCUAGGCAACCUGCCGCCAAGUCAGACUGGGCUGCAGCGCCGGUCAAGGACAGAAUCUGUUGUGGGUACGCCCCCAUCAAGUAAAAGCUCUGGGGCUAGUGGCUAUCGAUUUCGUACGUCUAGUGAAGGUGAGGGAACAAUGAACCGGCCAUUCCGUUCUGCCACAGGUAGCCUGGUUCACCUUAAUUCAACACGAGCCCAUCCUGCUCGCCAAGAAGGGGGUGCCAGCUGCAGUGGGAGUAGUGUUACCACAGGAAAUGCUGGUACCAACACAGGCAGCGGACGGCAUGUUAGAUCCAUUGCAGGAUCAUCAUCCACCUACCAUGCACGCUCCGCGUCCCUCCCAGUCUCACAUUUUCCCUCCACAACCAGUCCUGUAAGUGUGUCCUCCAGCAGUGGUCAUGGCUCAGUCUCUGAUACAAUCACCCGGCCAUCGAGCGCCUCAAUAUGUGGUUCACCAUCUGAUGGCGGCUUCAACUCCUCAGACGAAUACGGCUCCAGUCCCGGUGACUUCCGCUACUUCCGGGUGCGGAGUAACACGCCAGACUCGCUGGGCAAUACACCGCCAAUCAGAGAGGAGAACUGUCUAAAUGAUUAUAUGGCCAUGAGCUGGAACCGGGAGGUUUUUGGCACGUGUGGGACCUCUGGGAAUAACAGUGGAGGUGACGCCACACAGGAUGAGAACAUGUCAACAGCAGAGGAUGAUCGAUUUGCUUCAUCAUCUCUGAGGAGGAGGACACAUUCCUUCACCAGACCUGCAGGUGGUGCAACUGGUAGUUCUGGAGUGGCAGUUUAUCAGAAGAUGACCCAGACCAAUUUCUCCCUGGAUGAGGGGUCAAUAGGUGAUGUGGUGUUACCUUUUGGCAGCGGGCUGCUCCGUGGUGGUCCUUCAUCCUCUUCUUCCUCCCUGCGCUCUGACUAUAGCUCCUGCUCAGAGCACAGCCAGCAGAGUCGGCCAUCCACGCUGUCAAAGAUGGAAGUCAGCGGUGACCGCCAUCCCCCAUCUUCCUCCACCUCCACCACCAAGGAAGACAGUGGCUACAUGCCCAUGAUGUGUGGUGUGGCUGCUUCACCACGGGACACUCCUCCAGAUUACAUGCCUAUGCAACCCAGUGCUUACUCCCAUCACAUUUCCCACUUGCCCCAGUUUCACAGUCCAACUUUAGGUACCCGUUCAUCCCAUCACCAGCCUCAGCUCCAGCACCAGUCCUCUACAGAUUCCCAUGGUUACAUGAUGAUGCUCCCAGGCGGUAGUGGCAGUUCUCCAUCCCCAGUCCAGGCUUCUCCCAGCCCCACUAUAGUCAGUGGGAGCGCAAAUGACAGCAUACCAGAGAGACCGGAGAACGGGGAGUAUAUGGACAUGUCCUACAGCAGCAUCGGGGAGCACAGGCUCUCAAACGAUGGCACUAGCGGAUACUACGCACCAAGCACACCCGAGAGCACUGGUAAGUCAUACAGCCCUUACUUCUCCCUCCCCCGGUCCUACAAGGCCCCUGCUAGAGACAGGGAUGAGAAGGAUUAUGGCGAGUAUGUUCCUAUGAAUUCUCCUGCCAAGCCAGUCUACUCCUCACCUGCUACAAGUUCAGUUUCAACGCCAGAGAAGAGAGGUGGGUUAAGUAGUAGUAGUAGUGGUUCCACUCCCUCUCAUCCACCCCCACCUUACGGAGCUCAGCAUGCAACAACAGCCAUGGUUGAUCGUCCUAUCGUUAGGCCAAACCGCCUUCCUUUAGGGAGGAGGAGUUUCCACGGUCCACUGCGUGUCGGUGAGCCCACUACAGUGUCUGCAGGAACAUCAAAUUUAGUCCCGGCCAGUCGCAGCGCUUCUGACCGACCUUCUAGUCCUGGAGAAUAUAUCAACAUUGAAUUUGGUGAACACUACCCCCAUCAGCAGCAGCCCCCCUCCUACACCUUCUCAGCACAGGAUAAAGGCGCUUCCCAUGGAUCCACUGAUCACUGUCACUCCCUUCCGCAGCCUCAGCAUCAAACCUGUCAGGACUACAUGAGUGUGGAGGUUGGGCCGGAGCAGCAGGACUGUGGUGGAUGUCUGGGUAAGAGCCAGUCACCCAGACAGAGCCUCGUCGCUCCCUGGAACCCACCUAGUUACAUCAGACCGCUGGCCAGUAAUCCAGGGGUGCUGGCCUCCCCUGGAGUGGCUGCUGGAGGUCACUGGAGGUCAAUGGGAGACGACUACACGGACAUGACAUUUAACCUUGGCAGGGGUGAGAUAUCACAGAUGAGCCCCACAGCCAUGCUGCAGCAUCGCUGUGUGAUCGAGGCACAUUACAGCCACGCCCCCUCCACCUCCUCCUCAUCCAUUUCUCCUUUUCUUCCUACAUCAAACCUUGAUAGCGUGUCAACACAUCAGCUAGAGCCCAAAGUAGUUCGAGCUGACCCCCAAGGCAGGAGGAGACACAGCUCUGAGACUUUCUCCUCCACCUCCUCCUUUAAUUCAACUCCCUCUGGAGGAAGACUUAGCCCAUCGUCCUCUGCUGCCCACCCCACGCUAGCCACCACAGCCUCCAACGGAUCCUGCCUCACGGAGGGUCAGGGUUCCAGAUGGGGCAGUUCAGCAUCUUUUGACAGCGUGUGGAUGUCUGUUGUGGGUCUGGACGGCUCUCCAGCUCAUCACACUCAGACAGCAGCUUUGGAAUUAGACACAACUUCCAUGAAUCCAGCAUCAUUCUCUUCGGGGGGGGCCGGCGCAGGGAGAAUGUGCAGAAACAUGUCAGUGGGUUACCAGAAUGGCCUGAACUACAUUGCCUUGGAGCUGAGGGAUGAUGGGAGCAACGCGGGAGCUGUGGCAUCUGGAGGUGGCAGCAGCAGUGGGAACUCGUCUUCGGCGGGGAUGGUGCCUCUGCUAGAGAACGGAGCCUACGCCAGUAUAGACUUCACCAAAUUUGAUGGCGUCACCUCAACAAAGGACUGAACGAUAGGAUGACUGAGGAUCUCGGCCCUCCUCCUCCUCCUCCUCACCGCUCUGCCCGGGUCACCUGAUGGUGUCGGUGAACUUUCACUCAGACUGAGAAGUUGCUUCCUUCCGGAUGCCAAAAACAACAGAUGGUGAAAAACGCUUGCAGUUUUUUUUUUUUUUUCACUUUUUUUUUUCUUGUAGUUUAUAUGCAUAUUUUGUCCAUUUCUAUUUUUUUUUUUGUCUUUUAAAUACUAUUUUUUUUCCUGCAUUCUCACAAUCGAUGGUGCCGCUGUGCACAGCUCCCCCCACCCCCCUUGCCCUCGUUAAACAGAUUGCAGUCGGUGAACUUUAACAGUGGAGACACAAAAAAGAACCACAGACAUGGACGGUUCUGGUUCUCUAUGGUAUUAAAUAGAACUUCAGCUGGAAAACUGAGCAAAAGCAUUACGGUACAGGUGUGAGAAAGCUUUUUAUAUUGCAGUAAACACCCCCUCCCCCACAUUUUGCAAAAUCCAUGCUUGGUACGGUAUCAUACAGUUAGUAAAAUGUGGUAGUAAAAUGUCUGGUUCUGAACGGAUUACCCACUUACAUGUUAGAAGCUCAUGGUUGAAUCCAUUUUCGUCGAUACAUGCAGCCACGUUGCUGUGGUACAGGGCUUGGUUGCCGUACUUUCUGCAUUGGACGCGGUACGACCACCCACUGGAUUACAUUUUGUACCUGUCCAAAGCAGGCCAGUUCCAAAUCCAGCUGGAUUCUCUGCCAGUAUGAUAUAAAUGUGCUAUAUAUUGAAUGCCAGGAUGUGUUUGCAGCAGGAACACCUUAAGGCACUUUUUUUUUGGUAAUAGGUACAAAUAUUCCAGCACAUUUCCUUUGUUUGCGUUAGAAACAUGACAGAGGAAAGUGUGGCAGCCAUCAGUCAAAUGCUGGAAA